GAGAUGUCCCCCUAGUGUGCGUUCGUGUCUCGUGGCCGCGUGAAACUCCCGGAACAGUGGAAAGUGAAAUCUCCGAAGUGAACCGAAGUGGAAUGCGGUAGCCAUUGUUGGAUAUCCGAAGCGAUCGUUACAUUCUCAGUGCCGAGUCUAAGAAACCGUCGUGUAAAAAUCAUCCCCGUUGAGUGUUGCGAAAAAAAAAAACAUAAUUGGAGUUGAAAAAAAAAUUCAAUCCACAAGUCCAUCCCUUUAGCAGUGACCACUACCAAUCGUUUGAUUAUAAAAUAGUGAAAAUAUCUUGUUACUCGUGUUGAUUGGUUGUUAAAUACCCGAGGCGUCAUGCUAGUGAACUGAAACGUUACCACGGCGUUACACGAGUGAGACAGACGCAUUGUAAAAGUGAGUGGUUGUGACAACGGUGGGAGAAACAACUUCGGGGUCGGCCAUAAUACCCAAACGGACCAACCAAACUCAUCAAGGGAGAAAGCGCUGAAUUAUUUCACCAAGGCGUUGUGCUUGUGUGUGUUACAACAAUUGUCAAUAGCCAUUUCAUUGAUCAGUGGAUUAUUAUUUGUCGAUUGAUCAACGUGGAUUUUUAAUGGAGUUAUUCAGCAGAUGUUGGGAAUUCCGGGUGGAGUACUGGGGUUAACCAUCAGAUUAGGGCUGACAUAGCAAGUAACUACCUUCUGGUAGGAUAUUACUUGUUGUUAUGCCUCAACGUGAUCGAGAAUUAGUUGAACUGUCUUCGUAAAAGGAAUUUCAUGUACAACAAUGAUCAGUUGUAUCAUUGUCACAUCAGUUGUUGAUGAAGCCUCGUAGCAUUGAGCAUCAACGUAAAGCAGUUACCUGCUACAUUGCAUUUAUGUACCAUUUAUGUCGGAAAGAAACGAAGCAACCAUGCAGCAGCAGGUGGAUACCAAUUCGCAGAACAACUCCUUAGACGUGGAGGAGCGCGAAAGGCUGUGUAAUAUACCGAAGACAAGCGCCCCUGGCACGACAACAGGAGGUAAAUUUGUACCUGCAAAGACACCACCGCCUCGAGAUGAGCCGGCAGUCGAGCCGGUCAAUGGCAUUGUCCAGCCACCUGUGGUACCACCACCCACGAGGCCAGGAAGAGUUACGAAUCAGCUACAAUUUCUCCAAAAAGCUGUUCUAAAACCGGUAUGGAAGCACCAAUUUGCCUGGCCCUUUCAGCAGCCGGUAGAUGCGAAGAAGCUCAAUCUACCGGACUACCACAAGAUAAUAAAACAACCAAUGGAUCUUGGAACGAUAAAGAAACGCCUGGAGAACACGUACUACUGGUCAGCACGAGAGGCCAUUCAGGACUUCAAUACCAUGUUCAGAAAUUGUUAUGUUUACAACAAGCCUGGGGAGGACGUUGUUGUUAUGGCACAAGCACUCGAAAAACUAUUCCUUACGAAGGUAGCACAAAUGCCUCGAGAGGAGAUAGAGCUUGAGGCACCAGUGACAAAAGGCCCCAAGGGAAAAAAAGUUGGUCGUGUUGCACCGAUGACUGGUCCACCAGCGCCAGGUGCUGUUCCUGGUGCUGUUGCGGGUGUUGGUAGAGGUCGUCCAUCGUCAGGUGCUGCAACAGUUUCAUCGAGUGUACCAAACAGUCUACCACCAACAGCCACAACAACUGGCACAACUGGUGUACUACCAAUGCCACCAAUUGGCACUCAAGCACCACCAACUGUACCUGGUAGCACCAAUACCACGACAAUAGCACCACCAAUGCCAAUAAGUGUAACACCAAUGGCAACUCACAAUUCAUUACCCCAACAAGUUGUACCACCAGCAACUGGUUAUCAUGCACAACCAGCUAUGGAACCACCAACACCACCAGUACAACCAACACCUCAGGUUGCUGCUGCACCAACUGUUCUGCCACCGUCUCAACCAGCUAAACUCAAGAAAGGUGUUAAGAGAAAGGCGGAUACAACAACACCAACGGCUAAUUCAUUUGAACCCAUGUAUCCACCGAUGGAUUCGAAAAUUGCUAAAUUACCAACGAGGAGGGAGUCUGGGAGACAGAUCAAGAAGCCAUCGAGGCAAGCGGAAGACGGCCUUGUGCCAUUCCAUCAGGCCAACAUGCCCCUCAUGGGAGCUAUGGCCCAACAGCCUCAACACGUGGGUGGAAAAUCGAAGGAGAAACUCUCGGAGGCACUGAAGUCCUGCAAUGAAAUCCUGAAGGAGCUCUUUUCAAAGAAACACUCGGGAUACGCGUGGCCAUUCUACAAACCCGUUGACGCCGAGCUACUGGGCCUCCACGAUUACCAUGACAUCAUAAAAAAACCGAUGGAUUUAGGUAGCGUGAAGACGAAAAUGGACAGCAGAGAGUACAAAACAGCUCAAGAAUUUGCUGGUGAUGUCAGACUGAUCUUCACAAAUUGCUACAAAUAUAAUCCACCGGAUCACGACGUUGUGGCAAUGGCCAAGAAACUCCAGGAUGUAUUCGAGAUGAGAUUUGCCAAGGUUCCUGACGAGCCAAUGGGACGAAUGAUGGCGAUGAAGGGUAGCAGCAGUGGUAGCAGUACAUCAGGAUCAGAAUCAUCAUCUGAGACUGAUGACUCUGAGGCUGAGAGGCGAGAGAGGCUUGUUGCACUCCAAAAAGAGCUCAAGGCAAUAUCAGGUCAAAUCGAAAAACUCGUUGAAGAGUCUGAUCGUAAAAAGGGUAAAAAGAAAAAGCCUGAGAAGACGAAACCAAAAUCCCUGAAUCGUGCCCCAAGUAUGGGUAGCCACAGUGGUGCCAUGGAAAAAUUGAUGAAGCCAAAUGUUGGAAUGGCUAAUGUAUCGGACAGUGUCAAUGCCAGUAUAGCUAGUGUUGCAAUGGGUGGUGGUGAUCUUAAACUACCAUCUGGUAUGGCUGUUAAUGUUGGUAUGGGUAUGCCUGAUCAUCAUCAGGGUAUGUCAGCUGGUGGUGGUAAAGCUCAUGCAACAGCAGCUGCCAAUGCUAAACAACCCAAGACUAAGAGUAGAGGUCCUGGCAAAGCAACUGCUCAAAAUGCAGCCCAGAAGAGACCAAAAACAAAUAGCAGAUCAGCUGGUACUAAGAAGAAAAAUGCAACGAGUCAACCACCACCGAUAGCCUUCGACUCUGAGGACGAGGAUAAUGCCAAACCAAUGUCCUACGAUGAGAAGAGACAGUUGUCAUUGGAUAUCAAUAAAUUGCCGGGUGACAAAUUGGGAAGGGUUGUGCAUAUUAUUCAGUCGAGGGAGCCAUCGCUCAGGGACUCGAAUCCUGAUGAGAUUGAAAUUGACUUUGAGACACUCAAGCCGUCGACAUUGAGAGAGCUUGAGAGUUAUGUUGCAUCUUGUUUGAGGAAGAAGGUGCAUAAGAAACUCAGUGGUAAGAGCAAGGACGAGCAGAUGGCUGAGAAGAAGCAGGAGCUCGAGAAGAGGUUGCAGGAUGUCACCGGGCAGUUGGGGAAUGUCAAGAAGCCACCGAAGAAAGAAGAUAGCAGUAAAUCAGCCGACGUGGGUCCAGGUGGUGCCAGUGGUCCAUCCAGACUGUCAGCAUCGAGCAGUAGCAGCAGUGACAGUGAUUCCAGCAGUAGUUCACUAUCAUCUAGCUCCAGUGAUUCGAGCGACAGUGAAGCAGGUAAUUCGACGAAUCGUCCACCUAGAAAGAAACAGAAGAAAACACCUGGUCCUGGAAACCUCACGUUACCGGCGAAUCACACGGGGAACUUAUUGUUGAACAAUCAGACAACCGGAAAUAUAACUGGACUGGUGGUGAAGCCGGUCCUACCGCCAUCCAGCCAAUUAUCGUCGGAUCAAGGGGGUAAUCAAGCGGCCAUAGGGGUGGCAGCAGUGACAGCAGCUCAGGUGAUGCCCGUGGCGAGUCAUGCGUCGAUGCCAGCUCAGCCCCAGAGACAGACAGCCCUGGCAACUCCAGCACCAGCUAAGAAACCCACACCACCACCGCCACCAGCAACAUCCAAUCCACCGACACCAUCGGUUACAGUGCCGACACCACCGCCUUCAGUCACACCAACGAGCAUCAACACUUCAGUUCCUUCACCGGUUGUCUCUCACACACCCCAACCACCAGCCAGCGCUUUUCCACCUGUCAGUGCACCCUCCGAUGGGGCCAUCAGUCAACCCGAUCUAAUGGCGUCUUACAACUCAUUAGCAUCAAUACCGACAACUCAGUCAUCAGUGGAUGCCCCGAACAAUGGAAAAAAGGACUCCCACAUGUCGAUGGUCCAGGGUAUGCACCCAAUGACUCCAAACAACACGAGCAUGAAUAUUCUCCAGGAGAUGAAGAAUUCAGUGAACAUGAUGCCAACAUCUCUUCCCUCAAAUCUCAAUCUCACGGGCCUGAACAUGAGUCUGGGCCUAAAUCUGCAGCAGGGACUUGGCCAGAAUCCCAUGGCCCUGCACAAUCAGCUGGAGAGCAUGCUGAAUCCCCCGAGCAUUCAAAAUUCUCACAACAUGAUGGGAACGUCUCAGCAGCACUCGAAUGGAUACAAGAGAGAGGGAUCACCCCAGAAUUUAUUAAACAACAAUGGAAUACCUGGGAUGAAUCUCGGUAUGGGAAUGGGACCUAUCAGCUCCAUAUUCGAUCCACCCAUGGUCAAUAUGCCCAUGAUUCCUCAACUUCCGGCUAAGAAAGAGGACAAACCGAUCAUUUCGCAGGCGCAAAUGGCACAUAAACCGAUGGAUGCGGGAGCUUUCUUUGCAGAGAUGAGUUCCCUGGUGAUGGCCCCAAUAACGAAUCACUCCAGUGGUCAACUGCCACCCGAGAAGAAAAUGACACCACCGGAUUCAAAAAAUGCAGCUGGCAAUUUUGCCGCUGCAUUCAAAAAUAAAACGGUCGAGCAGAAUGUGAAGAAUGCAUCGUCGUGGUCGUCCCUAGCUCAGGCAUCAAGUCCCCAGUCAACAGCUGGUAGCAGUAUGAAAACAGCAGCCAGAGAUUCAUUUCAGGCAUUUAAAAAGCAGGCCAAGGAGAAGCAGGAGAGACAGAGGGCACUCGUUGAACAGCAGGAGAUGAGGAGAUUGCAGAAAGAGCAGGCGGAGAGGGAGCGCCUGAGGCAGGAGACUGAGAGGAGACAGAGGGAGGAGGAGGAUGCACUCGAGAAAGUCAUGAAGACUGUUACGGAACAGGGAGCUACUAUCACUGCUACCACGAGAGCUGAGGAGAUUAAAGUAUCGACUGAAACUGACAGUAGCAGUCCUAGUCAGACAUCUGGAUCUGAUAAAGCUGCGGCUGAGAGGGAGAGACAGAGACAGCGGGAGCAGGAGCGUCGGCGUCGAGAAGCUAUGGCAAAUAAGAUUGACAUGAAUAUGCAGAGUGACUUGAUGGCAGCAUUUGAGGAAACGUUAUAAUAUUCCUUACCCCCAAGGACUAGGAAGAACAACCCUCGCAGGCCGCUCAAGGCUCUCCAGCCCCUUGGCCUCCACCAAUCGCUAAAAACAGUCCAAAUAAUUAAUUCCCUGAAGUGUUUAGUGUACAAUUGGACAAUUCUGGGUGACUGCCACCCAGUCGAAAAAUAGAUAAAAAGCUUGGAUAAAAGACAGUGAACAUUAAAUAAUAUUCCCAAGUGGGAUAAUUCAAUUGAACAAUUUAAUAAUCGACAAACAAUCGAUGAAGUGAUGUGUAGUCGACGGACACACGAGUGUGACCCAAUGUAAUUAGUGAAAAAUACUUACAAAAGAAAUGAAAAACGCUACUCUGAUAAUUCAUGAACUAAACAACAGGAAAAAUAACGAAAACAGGUAAAAAAAGGGAUGAGGUGAGAGUAAACCGAAAUAAUUGUGUUAAGUUUAUCGGUUUUGCUAAGUUUGUACUUUAUGUAAAUUUCGAGACGAUAAAAAAAUAACAAAAAAUGCAUUAAAAAAAAAAAAUAUAUAAAAUAUAACGAGAGAUGAGUGAUUUGUGGAUAAGACGAUGAGAGCGUAUGUUUGAAUAACUGGAAGGAAAGAAAAACGAAAAAAAAAACACAUUAAUUAAUAAUAAAUGAGAGAACUUAAAGAGUAAUGAUGAUAACUAUGAAGUUGUGUACAUUUAGUUAAGUUUUAUAUUUUUCCACAAUUCAGUCAUUAAUCGUUGGUAGGAGUUUAGAUGAUUUCCGUUCCUCUGGCGAUGAUUAUUCAGUUAUUGGGAAUUAUUAGUUGUCAUUAUUUGGGUUUGAGUGAUUUUUCUCGGGGGAAAUGGGGUUUUUUUCUCUUUCGUUUGAGGGGUGGGUGUCAUGGGGGGUUCGGGAAGUGUUUUGGUGAGUAGGUAGGACUUGUUGAGUCAAUAAUGUGCAAGGAUACCUAAUUAGAUGAAAUUUUUCAGGGGUGAGUGUCGUAUUUACGAGGAAUUGAGCGAGUGGAACGGUUGUCUCGAUUAUCUCGGAAAUGGGGGGAGAUACAGGAAAAUGUCUUGGGACAUUUUUUCGAGGUCGAGAGAUUCUCGAGAGAUUAUGUUUCUUGACAUUUUCUCGUGGAAGCACUCGUUGUCGAGAUAAUCACGGAUUUGGGGGGGCAAUCUCGUUUUACUCGUCUCGUUUCUUUAAUAAACUCUAUUAAAUAAUUAAAAUUAAUUGGGAACUCGGUGAUUCCCAGGAGGUCGGUGUUUUCGGUAUGAUUAGUCAUCCUUGAACAAAUGCUGUCAAUUAUUACAAGAGUAAUGGGUAAGGAAUUUUUCAAAUCAAACGAUUGAAAAAUCAAUUGAAAAAACACUUCAGUUUAAUUUUUUAUUUACGUAAAAUCGAAUUUUCUCGACUUUUAAAUCUUUUCCUUUCUCUUUGGAUGGAAAAUUCAUGCAAUACAUUGAAUAAUUGAGGAUAUUUCUCGUUUAUAAACUUUGGUAAUGAAAAAGUACAAAAAUCGAUGGGAAUAUUUCUUUUGUAUUUGUAACUAAAAAAUAUAUAAUUAUUGGAUUAUCUUUCGGACAAAAUAGAGGGGAAUGUUCUCGAGGGAUUAAUAUCCAAUCGAGAUGUGAAAUCGGAGUUAAAGUUGUAGUUUAGUGACACUAGAUAAUGAUUAUAAUGAGAAACAGAGUUGAAUAAUGUGAACUGUAAAAUAUUAAAUUAUUUUGAAAAA